AUGGGCAAGACAAAGUCGCAGAAAGAGGAGAAGCCUCAGUGGCGACCGAAGCGUCCGGCAGCCGCAGACACUGCGAUGCCCAAGGCACCAAAGUAUGCCGACUCCUUUAUCCCACCUGGGUGCGACGACGGCGAUGAAUACGAGGAUUCGACACGUUACGAGGAGGCGAUGACCCGAGGCCACUGGGUUCCUCCGCGCUUGAAGGGGCGGAACGAAUCGCUCAUAGAGGCCGUCAACGACUGGCACUUCGCCAUGCUGAAUGAUUCGCACCGAAAUCAAUUCUACUGGGAUGCGCUGGCUGCAGUCGUCCAGGGCAAGCGCGUGAUCGACAUAGGCUCGGGAAGCGGCCUCCUGUCAUUGAUGGCAGCGAAACUGGGUGCCGAGUCCGUGGUGGCCAUUGAGGCUUCCAAAGACAUGGCGGACCUGGCCAGACUGAAUGCUCAACGAAAUGGGCAGGAGGACAAGAUCCAGAUUCUCCAUGCCCUCAGCAGUAAAGUGCAGCUGAGCGAGGAGUUGAGAGCUGAUUCUGGGAGUGCAGACUUCCUUGCGGAAGAAGUGACUAACUAG